CAAAAAUUCCUUAAGUUUGCAUUAAACAAUGGGAUUUUAAGGUUUUCUUGCUACUAACCACAAGUAUCAUACUUUCAUAGUGCAACUACGUGCAGAGGACAUGCGAAACAACAUACGAAGGUGGCAAAGGGAACAAAGAGAUACAGAUGCGAACUCAUCAGAUCGGACAACAAAAAGUACUCUGUCAUUAGAGGUUGCUCUCCAUCAGAGUAAAAAGGGCCACAUUUAUGAACUGGAAUUGUUUGGACAAAAUGUUGCAAGUUAGUUAAUGGACUUCUUACUGGUGUAAAACCUCUUGAUAUUAUGAUUUUAUUGACACCAAUACUGUACUUGAAUCUUUCCUCUGAGACAGGUACACUCCAACCCUCUACCAGCCAGCUGAGAAGAAAGGGGAAGAGAAGGAGACAGAAGAAGAAGAAACCAACUCCUUGUGGAGAGGAAGAUUUGUUGCAGAAGUCUGUGAAGACCUACUAUGAGUUGAAAUUGUCUCAUUUUAAGCCUCUGAUCUGGAAUGACAACUUCACACUUACCCUCAGUGACGUCUUCACCAAGUUAGAGUUAGUACAGACACUAACGGGAAAAGAAAGAAAAGAACUGAAGUCAUUAGAUGACUUGUUCAACCCAGAUGUCACAGGACUGUCCAAAACUCCAAGGUGCAUUCUGAUUGAGGGUGAAGCCGGAGGGGGGAAGACAACAUUUCUGUCCAAAGAAGCCCUAGAUGCUGUCUCACAGAAAACAGAGCUGGGAAGACAACAUGACUUGGUCCUAUUGGUCCGACUCCGGGAGGUGAGAGAGGGAGAGACUAUAGAGGAGAUGGUGUGGGACCAGUGUGUUCCUGAAACAGCUGAAGGUAUUGAUGUACAAUCCAUCAGAAAAAUUCUACAGAAGAACGAGUCUCGUGUGCUCUUCCUCCUAGAUGGGUAUGAUGAGCUGCGGCCUGAGGCCAGGGCAGCCAGGCAGGCCAUUCCCAAACUGCUGUCUGGCAAGUUGUACCCCAACAGCACGAUUGUGAUCACCUCCCGACCCUCAGCAGGAGUGCAGCAGCACACCCGGUCAGACUGUCAUGUGCACAUUUUGGGCUUCUCACAUGAACAUGCGUUUAAUUUCGUCAGGAAAUAUUUCUGCAUCACAGGAAAUCCUGAGCUGGCAGAGGAGAUCAUCAAGCAGUACUUCACUAGUGAUGAUGAUGAUGAUGAUGACUACGAUGACAAUUAUGGACAUAGUUAUGAUUCAUCUUUUGGCAGUCAAGAGGAGGAGGAGGAGGAGGAGAGUUUUCUAGAUAAUCUAAUCCAGAUCCCAAUGUUCCUGAUGUUCCUCUGUGUGUUGUGGGAGGAGGACCAAGAGGUGUUUACUGGAACAAUGACGGGGCUGUACGACAACCUGCUGACAUGUCUGGUUAGAAGAUACUGUAAGCGGGAAGGAGUGGACAUGCCAACAGAAGGGCUGCCUACAGAGGUUGAUGAGUCAUUACUGCAGCUUGGUAAGCUUGCGCUAGAGGCACUGCUGAGGAAUGAGAGCUUGCUUGACCUUGCACAAGUAGAGAAAGAAAAUGUGAAUUGGAAGCUGUUGUUAAAGCUUGGUGUGGUUUCCUUAGAGGUUUCUUCAUCUAAACUGCAUCCUAUGAAACUGUUAAACUUUUCACACAAAACCAUCCAAGAGUUUUUGGCCGGACAAUAUGUUGCUCAUGCUGUGGUGAACCAAGACAUUGUAGAGCUGCUGCAGCUCACCUCCAUUAGCAAGGCACUGGAACUUGGUUACCUGCUCCUUUUCACCUGUGGCUGUGACUCACGGGCAGCACAAGCUGUGAUGGAGGAACUGAGUAAGCUCAGCAAAAGAGAGUUCACAAACUUGAGACCAGAACAAUUUGAAAGUUCAAAUGUGCCAAUCGAUCGAGACUUGCAAAAAUCCUGUGAAACCUAUGAAACGUUUGCAGCAUUGUGCCUGACCAUCCUUAGUGAGAGACGAGAACCAGAAGUGCUACAGCACAUCUGUCAAGCCCUGCCUAUUGUCAUGCUGGACAGCUCCAUUAACAGUAGAGAAGCCACAGGUCUGAAGUAUUACAUACAGAAUCUUCAUUCAGCAAAGCUGCCAGACAGGCUCAUACUUACAAUCCAUGGAGAUGCUGACAGCAGAGACACAGUUCAGUACCUACAGCAGUGUUUUACAAGUUCACGCCCUGGACUUCAAUUGGACUUGGGACUAUCAGGACAGUUUGACAUUUCGGAUAAGACAGCCAGGCUGGUUUUAGUUCUGAAGAAUGUUCCUGGUCUGAGGGCAAUGGAUCUGUCACACACAGACCUAACACCAUCAUCACUCCAGCCACUUGUGAAGGGGUUCAGCCACAUGUCUCUGUUAGAGGAGCUGGAUCUUACUGACAACCCUGCCCUUGGUGAUGCUGGGAUGGAAGUCCUGCAAGAGCCACUGUCCGGCGUCCCACACCUGGCUGUAGUCCAUCUUGGGAGAGUCAACAUGACAGCUGUGGGCAUGUCAUCCCUGGCUGCCUACAUACAACACCUAGUAGGACUGAAAGAAUUGGAUAUAAGUGAGAAUCAGAUCGGUGACACUGGGCUGGAAUCACUCACUGCUGUCCUUCCCAUCUUCACUGCUAUUAAGGUGUUGUUGCUGGAGAAGAUCGGCAUCAGCCCCACAGGCAUGCGUGCACUGGGCCCUGCUCUGUGCAAGUUACCCAGACUUAUUGUACUGGACGUUAGUAAGAAUGAUAUAGGAGACCCUGGGCUGGAAUGCCUGGCUGCUAUCCUCCACCACCUCACAGCCAUGAAGGUGUUGCUUCUCAGUGAGAUAGGUAUCAGUGACAGGGGAAUAUCAUCCCUCAUCAAAGCUCUACCUCACCUGGUGCAAUUACAGGUGUUGGAUGUGAGAAGGAAUCACAUAGAAGACUCGGGGAUUGUCUCACUGGUGCAAACACUCUGCCAGCCCAGCAGUUUGGACAUGGAACUAAACCCACCUGCAGCUGGUGACAAGAGUCUGACCACAGCCCCUCACUAUAACACAACACUACAGGUGCUGCACAUAGGGAGGAAUUGGAAAGUAACAGAAGUCGGACUCGGUAGCUUAACACAACUCAUCAGCGCACUGCCAGCACUGAUCGAGCUUGAUAUGUCUAGUUUCGGCUGGGGCACACCGAAGCACCUGUCUGACACCGCUGCCAUGGCUCUGGCCGAGGCUCUACCCAGACUCCCUGCCCUGGAGUGGCUUGACCUGAAGUACAUCUACAUAGAGCCUGCAGGGUUCCAGGCUGUGGUGCAGGCUGCUGAGGAACACCCAACACUGGAGAGUCUGAUCUACUCUGAGGAACUGGUUCCUAAGGGAGCAGACACCACAGCCAGCUGCCUGGAGCUGUGCCGCACCUAGGUGGGCAACAUGCGGACCCGUUCAUUGUCUCAGGUGUGACUGUCCCGACAGGUGCCCUCAAGUCUGGACCCCCUGAGCAAGUACACCAGCAGGUGUAAGGUGGACGACAGCCUACUAGUAUGUGGACAAGGAGAAAUGGGACAUUGACAGGUGCUGAGAGCCGAGCAGUUCUACAG